AUGGCACAGAUUAUUAGGGUCGAUUUUACCACAAAGAAUCAGAUCUGAUCCGCAGAAAAUAGCCAGAGUAAAUACGCGAUUAUUACGACUGUAGUCCGUAAAGGCUGUGAAGUUGCCUUAAACAAUGGUAGAAAGAGACAGGAGACGUAGACGUAGCCCUAACUUAACGUAACCUAAUAGUUUGCAAUAAUUUGUCAUAUACAUAGCUUGUAGAGAAGAGAGAGCAUUGAAAAAUUGUUAUUGUUACGUGCUGUAGACUGUGUAGAAGACAAUGUCUGCUGCGGAUACUUUGAGGCAGGACAUUAUCGCUGUAGGCAGCUAUGUCAUUGUACAGCGACAAAAAUAUCGAAAAUUGUACAAGUUACCUGCAGAGAAUGGUGGCGGCAACAUGUUAGCAUUAGGAAAGGAGCGGGUUGAGAUGAGUGCAAUCAUUGGAAAGCCCUUUUGGACAACAUUUAAAAUGAUACCUACUAAUAGUAAUAAAAAGUUGACAAAUGGAAAAAGUUAUAGACUGGAGGAAGUGCAUGCAGCUGAAUCAUUGGAUGAUCUCAAGGAUUUGCUUCCAAGUGGUAUGGACAAUAGAAAAAUAACAGACGAUGGUACUUCGCAAAAGCUUUCAACACAAGAAAUUAUGGAAUUACGUGAAGCGGGCAAGUCUGGAAGGGAAAUAGUCGGUAGCCUUAUAGAAAACAGUCAAACUUUUUCAGCAAAGACGAAAUAUUCGCAAGAAAAAUAUUUGAGGAAAAAGGAGCGCAAAUAUUUUUUGUACUUGACCAUCCAUAAGCCAACUAUCCAUUUGUUACAGGAAAUAUACUUUCAGCAGGAUCAUGUUAAAAUUGGAAGUUUACGAAUGGAUUCACUUGCUCAAAUACUGUCCUAUUGCGAUGUGAAAUCUGAUGGACUUUAUUUACUGUACGACAGUGGAUCUCAAGGUUUAGCUGCAGCUAGCUUGUUGACUAGAAUCGGUGCCAAGACAUCCGGCAGAUUGGUUUACUUGCAUCCUGGUAAUAUGGCCCAAACAACUUUGAUUCGUGCAAUGAAUUUUUCCAACGAGCAAAUAAAUAGAUUAUCUACCGUCAACAUUUACAGUUUAAUGCGAAUGUAUUAUCAGGAUGCUAUGGAAUCUAAAGAAAGUUUUGGAAGCAGAGAUGCAAGCGGAGACUCUUCAAAAUUGGUCGAUCCUGAUUCUCCCGAAGCACAAAUUCAAUGUAACGACAGUCCAAAUCUGUUGAAACGAAAACAUUCUGAUGCAACAGUGAGUUCGAUGGUUCCUAAGAAAAAACCAAAGUGGUUGUCAGAGACACAGAGUGCAGUGGACUUAUUAAAGAGUUGUAAAGUUGAGGGUUUAGCCAUUCUGGCAGCCAAGGAACAUCCUCUUAAUAUUGUGAAAGGAUUGUUACCAUUUCUUGGAACUUCAAGACCUUUUGUGAUAUUUCAUGCCUAUCGCGAACCCUUACAAGAAGUCUAUGUCAUGCUCAAACAAAGAUGUGACGUGAUGAAUAUUCGUUUACUUUCAAAUUUUUUACGAUCGUAUCAAGUACUUGAUGAUAGAACUCAUCCAGAUAUUUUAAUGAAUGACGUGGGUGGUUAUUUGUUGGUUGGUUACUUGGUAAAUUAAUUUUUGUAAUUCAUGUACUCGAGAGAAAUCUAAGGAUGAAAUAGAUAUAUAUGGGAAAGUAGUAUUA